UCUGGUUGGAUCGCCUUGCCUCGGCUGCCUGUUUGCCUCGCAGAAGUCCUGCUGUGCACAUUCCUGAGAGGCUGCCUGCCCCUGGAGCCAUGGCUGCAGCUACCAGGAGGCUGCUGUCCCAUGCUGGCAGGCAGGUCAGCCUUUGCUGCUGAGGCUUGGUGCUUGUGGCAGUGCUGGUAUGGGCGUGUUGCUCUGGUGUGCAUGCAGCUCUGCGGGGAGAGUUAUGCCCUCUGAGAAAACUGUCUCUUAAACUUGGUUUGUGGGUUUGAGCAUUGACACUCAAGUCCCUUUUCCAGGGGUGGGGAGGCUGGGUGCUCCCCGGUUCCCACCUGUGUGUCCCAGCAGGGUUGAUGGGUGCUGCUAUCCUGAGGCUCUUUAUACCUGCAGGGGUCUCUUGUUUUGUCCUUCAGUUUGUGCUGUCUUUUGUUUUUGUGGGGCUUUUUUCCCAUACUGCAAGUUCAAAUACGUGCUCUUUAUAAAGCACUAGCUUGAUAAGCCAGGUGAGGGGAGGUUUCCCUCCCAGGUGAGCAGCCAGUGUGGGAUGUGGUGUGACUGAUGGCUGAGCCUGCCUUUUCUGGGCCAAGAUGAUGUUGCUAUAACCACAGCCUGAAUCUGCCUAUUUGCCUUCAGAGAACACUCCAAAAAGUAGUUCUAGGAGAUUUUCUGAUGGUGAGUAGAGAGGUGAGAGAGAGGUUUGUUGCAGGGGUUGAGUAGCAGCAGCUCCUGGAGUUUCUCCCAUUGAAUCUUCCUGAGCAUCCCUAGCAGAGGACAGAGAUGCAGUGCCACCCAUCCUUCCAGGACCCCCUGAAGUGCAGUUGAAGGUGAUUGUGUGGCCCCAUGUCCAGGCUGCCUGUAGGUCAGCAAAGGCAAUGUGCUCAGCUCAUGCUUCGGAGGGGCAAGUCAUCCCUGUGCCAAAGCCAGGGAGAGAAGGGUGAUUUUUUUUUUACAUCCUUUGGAGUUUUGAUCUCCAUAUUUGGAAAUGUUUACCCAUUGCUCUGAUCUAUUGCAAGGGAGGGGAGGUGACUCAGGGUCUGGUGGAAGCAGGAUUUGAAUUCCUGUAGUAAGGUUUUUUUUUUGUCCCCCCCCUUUCUUGUUUUGGAAGCUUGUUGUGGUCAGUUUUCAGUUCUCUCUUGCUCCUGGACCUUGUUCCAAAUUUGAUGUGCUCGAAAGGGAAGCAUGUUAGCAAAGGAGCUUGUCUGAAUGCUGAGUACUUUGUAACUGUGUGUGCCUGAAUGCCUCAGUCUUUGGAAGCGAGCACCUUCCCUUGAAACAGCCUCCUGAUAUCCAAGUGCCUGCUUUUUUGGGAGGUCCCUUGGAAGAGCCUGUACGUCUGACUGAGUGCCUGACAGAACUGCCUUGCUUCCAGAGCUGAGCCAUGUCCCACCCGUCCUGGCUGCCACCCAAGAGCACCAACGAGCCUGUUGGUCACGUUACUGCGAGGAUGGAGACCACACACACCUUUGGGACCCCCAGCAUCUCCGUGUCCACCCAGCAGACCCCAAAGAAGUUCGCGCCUGUGGUCGCCCCCAAACCAAAGUACAACCCAUACAAGCAGCCAGGAGGUGAUGGGGACUUUCUUCCUCCCCCACCCCCUCCUGUGGAUGACCUUGGGAACAUCACAUCAUCACAAGGUGCCUUUCCCCCUCCACCCCCUCUGGAUGAUGUUUCUUACAAUGUGCAGGUGAAUCCUGGUGGCAAGACGCUUGAGGAGAGGCGGUCCAGUUUAGAUGCAGAAAUCGACUCUCUGACCAGCAUCCUGGCCGACCUGGAGAGCAGCUCCCCAUACAAACCUCGGACUCAACAGGCCUCUGGGACCUCAAGCGGCUCCGCCGCCACCACCCCAUCCGUGUCCACUCCUGUCACCGGCCACAAGCGGAUGAUCAUCCCCAACCAGCCUCCCCUCACCGCCACCAAGAAGUCCACUGCCAAGGGCGCGGGGCAGCCGGCGCCCAUCCCGGUCACUCCGGUUGGCACCCUGAAGCCGCAGCCGGUGCCGGCCUCCUACGCCACGGCCUCCACGCCGAGCCGCCCGGCCUUCAACGUGCAGGUGAGGACGGCGCAGCCCAGCCCGCACUACCAGCCGCCCAGCCCGCAGCCCGGCCACUACGGCAGCCUGGGGCCCGGCCAGCCCUACGGCAGCGCGCCGUCCCCCCCCCCCCCCCCCCCCCCCCCCCCCCCCCCCCCCCCCCCCCCCCCCCCCCCCCCCCCCCCCCCCCCCCCCCCCCCCCCCCCCCCCCCCCCCCCCCCCCCCCCCCCCCCCCCCCCCCCCCCCCCCCCCCCCCCCGAAGCGCCCUACGUGCCGCAGAGCUCCUGGAAGGCCGAGCCGGCCUAUCCUGCCAGCAAUGCCAUGGGCCAGGCUCCCCCUGGCCUCUACCAGCCGCCGGGCACGAAGAAGACCUACAUCACUGACCCAGUGCUGGCCCCGCAGCCGCCCGCCCUGCAGCAGAAGAGUGGGUACCCAAGCUCUGGACCUGCAUCAAGCACUCCUGGCUUCAGGCCUGAGGAUGAGCUGGAACAUCUGACCAAGAAAAUGCUGUACGACAUGGAGAAUCCUCCCUCUGAUGAGUACUUUGGACGCUGUGCCCGCUGCGGGGAGAAUGUUGUUGGCGACGGCACCGGCUGCACAGCCAUGGACCAAGUCUUCCACGUGGAGUGUUUCACCUGCAUAACGUGCAAGAGCAAGCUGAGGGGACAGCCUUUCUAUGCUGUGGAGAAGAAAGCCUACUGUGAAUCCUGCUACAUUAAUACACUGGAGCAGUGCAGUGUGUGUGCAAAGCCCAUCAUGGAGAGGAUCCUGCGAGCCACUGGCAAGGCUUACCACCCCCACUGCUUCACCUGUGUGAUGUGCCAUCGCAGCCUGGACGGGAUCCCCUUCACUGUGGAUGCUGGUGGCAACAUCCACUGCAUCGAGGAUUUCCAUAAGAAAUUUGCCCCGAGGUGUUCUGUGUGUAAGGAGCCCAUCAUGCCAGCCCCGGGACAAGAGGAGACCGUGCGCAUUGUCGCCCUGGACCGUGACUUCCAUGUGCAGUGCUACCGGUGCGAGGACUGUGGUGGCCUGCUGUCUGAAGGGGACAAUCAGGGCUGUUACCCUCUGGACGGGCACAUCCUGUGCAAGACCUGCAACUCUGCUCGGAUCCAGGCUCUGACUGCCAAGGCCAGCACUGACCUCUGAGUACCAACUGUGACCCUCCCCAGGAUGCCCAUUGGGGGAUAUUGCACAAGCUUUGCAUGAUUUCUU